AAUGACAAAAAAAAAAGGUUUUAGGAGGGAAAUUUUUUUAAUAAUGUCAGGGAUUUCAGUAAAAAUAAUUUAAGUUAGUAAAUGGGGCUUAAUACCUCAUAAUCAUAAAAAUUCAUAACAUCAUUACCAAAAAAAAAUAAAAAAAUAAAAUCAAAAGCACAUACAAAAACCAAUCUCCCACCAUCAGAUGAUUGAUAUGCAAAUCUAACCGUCCAUUUCACCAGCUGUACAAAAAUCAACGCCUGAAAAUCGAUAUUAUUUCCAUAAUAAUUCCAUUUUAUCUGGAAUAUCUUCCUUAUUUUUUUUGUCGUCUAAUUCUCAGACCAUUAACCUGCAGAAAACAAGGGAUUCUCUUCUUCGUCGUAGUCUUCUUCUUCCACGUUCCUUCUUUCAUCUUCAACAAGAGGAUUUUUUUGGUAAGAUAAUGGUAUCUUCUACGCAUUUGUUCGAUCCAGUAAAGUAUCGUCGUAAACCGGAAUUUGAUUUGGUAUCUGCGAAGAGGCUAAAAGUUUCAGCUUCUGAUUGCGUUGAUUCUUUAUCAUAUUUUGAGUCGGAUUAUUAUGACGACGAAUUUAUCAAUUGUGGAAUUUCAGCAUCACCUGAUCGUUUAUCAUCUUCUUGUGAUUUAGAUGGUCAAAUGCCGUCAAGCUCGAACUUAGAGAGGAGUUGCCAAGUGAAUGGCAACACAGAUGCUGCUAUUCCUGCAUCAGGUGCUGCGGGAGUUUCGUAUCCCGCCAAGAACGAUGAUAUGUGUGGAUUGUCAGAAUUUGUGACUGGAUGGAUGUAUCUUAAUGAGCAGGGUCAGAUGUGUGGACCUUAUAUUCAGCAGCAAUUGUUUGAGGGCUUGACAACGGGUUUUUUGCCUGAAGAGCUUUUGGUUUACCCUAUUCAGAAUGGGACAUUACUGAAUCCUGUGCAAUUGAAGCUCUUUAAACAGUAUCCUGAUCAUGUUGCCACAGGAUUUACGUAUCUUGGCAGAGCUACGUCUAAUGUGUCCAUGACAACAGAUUGCCAUGUUGCUGUUGGGCAAGAUGCUCCUUCAGCUGAUGAUCAACAGAGCCAUGUCCAGCAGCAUGACUUUGAUGUGACGGGUUCAGACUCUAAAUUAGCUGCAGGGGUUGCAUUGGUUCAGCAGGAUGCCGCCCCUCCUGCAUUCCUAGCUGCUGAAAUUCCGUACCUUGCUAAGAACGUUGAUAGGUGUGGGAAUUUUGUGUCUGGAUGGAUGUAUCUUAAUGAGCAGGGUCAGAUGUGUGGGCCUUAUAUACAGCAGCAAUUGUUUGAGGGCUUGACAACGGGUUAUCUGCCUGAUGAGCUUCCUGUUUACCCAAUCCUGAAUGGUGCAUUACUAAAUCCUGUGCAAUUGAAAUUCUUCAAGCUAUAUCCUGAUCAUGUUGCCACAGGAUUUACCUUUCUUGGCAGAGCUACUCCCAAUGCGUCUAUGACCACAAAUUGCCAUGUUGCUACUGGACAAGAUAUCCCUAGAAGUACUGGUUCAGCUUUGCUUAAUUAUGAUCACCAGAAUCAUGUCCAGCAGCCCUAUCACAACUCUGAUGUCUCAGUUUCAGACUCAAAAUUAGCCCCAGGGAUUGCGCUGGUUCAGCAGCAGUCUCUUUCUUGGGAAGAAAAAUGUUGGCUAUUCCUGGACGGUUAUGGGAGAGCUAUGGGGCCGCAUUCUCUUUCAGAACUUUACUAUUGGCAUCAAUAUGGUUAUCUACACAGCUCAGUUAUGAUACGUAAUAUCGACAAUAAAUGUAGUCCUUUCAGUCUCCUGUCAUUGAUCAAUGCAUGGGGAAAAGAUAGCUCUACCGUGACUGCAUCUGAAAAUGAAACUAGUUCGUUGGAGCUUAUAUCAGGAAUAUCAGAAGAAAUUGUUUCACAACUGCAUGAUGGAAUUAUGAAGGCAGCUCGUCGAAUUGUUUUGGAUGAGAUCAUUGGCAAUGUCAUUGUGGAUUACGUUGCUACUAAGAAGGCUCAGAAACAGUUUAAAAAUGGGAAUAGUAGAGAGGAUUUGAGAAUUCGCUUGCCUGAUUUUGAUAAGGGUGAAACUAAUGUUGGGGAAAGGAAUAAUUCUGUUUCACAUGCUGCAUCAACUUCUUGCUAUGGUGAUGCUUCAACUUCAUUAAAUUCAGCCAGGGAAAUUAUUGAGGAGCCUUGCAGCAUCCAAUGCGUGAAAUCUGUUGGCAGUAUUGAAAAUUUUCAAGGAGCCAAUAAAGCCAUUAGUCAAGCGCUUUUAGACUAUUGUAUGCAGGUUCUGUGGAAUGCUGUUUUCUAUGAACCUGUAGCAAAUUAUGUACAUACUUGGAGAAAAAACAAACGCUGGUCACAUACUAGUGCUGAAGGAGCUGCUUCUUUGGACAGAGAAUUGACUGGUUUCCAGAUGACUGCAGAAAUGGAUAAUAAAAUUUCUCUUUCCUGGGAAGAAAAAUGUUGGCUACUCCUGGAUGGUUAUGGGAGAGGCUCCGGGCCACAUUCUCUUUCAGAAAUUUACUAUUGGCAUCAAUAUGGCUAUCUACACAGCUCUGUCAUGAUACAUCAUACCGAUAAUAAAUGUAGUCCUUUCACUCUUUUGUCAUUGAUCAAUACAUGGGGAAUAAAGAGUUCUACAGUGACUGCAUCUGAAAAUGACACCAUCAGUUCAUUAAAACAUAUAUCAGGAAUAUCCGAAAAAAUUGGGUCAAAAUUGCAUGAUGGAAUCAUGAAGGCAGCUCGUCGUUUUUUUUUGGACGAGAUCAUUGGCAAUGUCAUUGUGGAUUAUGUUGCUACCAAGAAGGCUCACAAACAGUUUAAGGAUGAGAACGAUAGAGAAGAUUUGGAAAUUGGCAUGCUUGAUACUAAAAGGAAUGAAAUUAAUGUUGGGGAAAGGAACAGAUCUGCUUUACAUGCUCCAUCAGCUUUCUGUUAUGGCGAUUCUUCAACUUCAUUUAAUUCAGCUAAAAAAAUACCUGAGGAGCCUUCCCUAGCUCAAUGCAUGAAAUCUGUUGGCUAUAUUGAAAAUUUUAAAGGAGCCAAUAAAGCCAUUAGCCAAGCGCUUUUUGACUAUAGUAUGCAGGUUUUGUGGAAUGCUGUUUUCUAUGAACCUGUAGGAAAUUAUGCACACAUUUGGAGAAAAAACAAGCGCUGGUCACAUAACCGCACUGAAGGAGCAGCUGCUGUUGACGGAGAACUGACUGGUUUACAGAAGACUUCAGAAGUGGAAGCUGAAAUAAGAGAUUUGGAUGUACCUUCAGAUGAGCCUGAUUCUAAUUUCAUCUCCCAGUCUUGUUUAAGAGAAGAUAAGUUGUCCAAUCCCAGCAUCCAGCAUCAGGAUGAAGACAGAGAAAGGACAAUUGCAAGGGUAGAAGAGGAACUUUUUAUGUUUGCCAAGACAUCCACCGAUGAUUUCGUGAAGAUUACUGUUGAAGAGGAAGUGUUUAAAGUUAAUAAGUGUUUGAAGGAUAAUGGCACAUACGAGGUUCCUGUUGAAGAUUCAGGAGAAUUGUGCAAAGACACUGAUAUUGGAGAUGCUGCUUCAAAGAUGGAAGGGCUGAAAUCUAGACACAUUUGCCUUGAUGAAUCUCCGAUCCUUUCACAAGGGACUGGUUCAUUAGAUCAGCCUGCUUUGUACCCGCACAUGGAUUCUUCAUCGGAUUUUAUUGGAACUGGCUCCAGUAGUGUAUGUGCACCUGCUAGCACUACACUCAAUGAUUGUAUAACUGAAGAACUGCUGGCCCCUGGAAUAUGUGGUUUGAAAAUGGAGUCAGGGGUUCAGGACUUGCAAGAAUCCUUGCUCAAUAAUUCAGAGAUUCCUAUAGAGGCAAUGAGAUCUUGUCCAUCUGAAUUUAUAGGAUAUGUUUUUGAGAGAUCGGAUAUGCCUAUGUGCAGUAUGGUUGAUCACAGAACUAAUGCGCCCCUGUUACCUGGAUCAGGGUGUGAAAUCAAAGAUGUGGUUUCAUCAAGCAUCUCCGACUCCCAAUUAUUAGGUUUAGGUGAGGGUACUCUUAUGCAGAAAAAAUUCAUGGCCUUGGCAUUAUGCCAGCAAAAGCUGCAUGAUGAAGUGCUAAGAGGAUGGAUGUCCACUCUUCACGAUGAUAUGCAUCUUCUGCUGAAGCAACGUGAUAUAGUUCAGGAGGAAGUCAUUAUCGAGCCUGCUUCCAUAGAGCCUGAGCUUGACCUUCUUAUGGAAAGAUCAAAGAGUUGUUACAGUUCAGGCCCAUCUGAAGUUUCAGUUGUUGAAGAGUUUACUUAUUCACGGAGAAAGAAAGUGGCGAAAUCAGUAGCUGAGCCAGGCUCUCCACCUUUACGGGAUUUUAAGCUCCGCCAUCGAUCACCAAGGAAGUUUAGAAAACCAGUAAUUUUAAAGAAUGUUUCUGGCUCAGAAGCUCUAGGCAUUGGAAAUGUGAAGCAGAAGGCUAAAGGAGUGGGGCGGAGAAAAACAGGAUUAUCUAUUCUGCAAUGUGUUCCUGAUCCUUCUCUGAGCACUGUUGCUGUGGAUGAUCUGAAAUUUGAAGCUCAAAGGGCUCCAAGCAUUGAAGCAGAUUUUGAUGUUAAUGAAGAGCUUAGCGGCUGCAGCAGCAUCAGUGACAGUGCCAAAAAGGAUACAUCUGCCGAUCAUUCCCAAAGGAUAAAAAAUUCUUCAACAUCGUCUAAGAUGAAGAGAAAGAUUGUGGUUGGUGAAUUACCAUCGCUUCCAUCAAAAGCUCUGAAGGUUCAGGAUGCUGACCCAAAGCAAGCGGCCGUCAAAAUGGCUAAAAAGACCAAGUUGAGCAAGUCCAAGGUGCUGAGUUCCUGUCCUGUGUCUAUUGGAUGUGCUCGAUCUUCAAUUGAUGGCUGGGAAUGGCAUAAAUGGUCCUUACAUGCAAGGCCUUCGGAAAGAGCUCGUGUCAGAGGAAUUCAAAUAACCACUAUGCAACGUUGUACUUCUGAUAUUAGUGGUUCAAAGCCAUCACGCGUAAAGGGGAUCUCUGCUAGGACCAACAGAGUAAAAAUGCGGAACCUACUUGCAGCAGUUGAGGGUGCUGAGCUAUUAAAGGCUUCUCAAUUGAAGGCCAGGAAAAAGCGUCUGCGUUUCCAGCGGAGUAAGAUUCACGACUGGGGUCUUGUUGCUCUAGAACCAAUUGAAGCAGAUGAUUUUGUCAUUGAAUAUGUUGGGGAACUAAUUCGUCCUCGGAUAUCUGAUAUCCGGGAACGCCAAUAUGAGAAGAUGGGUAUUGGCAGCAGUUAUCUUUUCAGAUUGGAUGAUGGCUAUGUGGUUGAUGCUACUAAACGUGGCGGUGUUGCUAGAUUCAUAAACCAUUCAUGUGAGCCUAAUUGUUACACCAAAAUUAUAAGCGUCGAGAGCCAAAAGAGGAUAUUUAUAUAUGCAAAACGACAUAUAUCUGCUGGUGAAGAGAUCACGUAUAAUUACAAAUUUCCUCUUGAGGACAAAAAAAUCCCCUGUAAUUGUGGUUCUAAAAGGUGUCGUGGUUCAAUGAACUAGAAAGGGAUUGGAGGCUCAUGUUGCAUUGCAGGAUUUGAAUUGCAAUGCCUAUUGAGAGCCAUAUGACUUAAUAUAUCAUUUUUAUCCAACAUUAAGAGCUGAGUCAUGUGCACUCUUGUAGAUAGUCUCUCAACUGCAGAUGAGUUUCUACCCUUGGAAACUGUAAUGAGUUUAUCCACUUUAUUGUUUUCUUCACUUAUAGUUACAUGACAUUCUCGGGAAAAUUAUAAUCAUUUUUGUAUAGAGUACAUACCUCCCUAAUUCUUUCAAUAUCAAACGGUAAAUGGUAAUAAUAAAAACAGUAAUUCAUA